AUGAUUCUGGCGUCUGGGAAUGAGGGUGGGAACAUGAAGGUGCUGCCCCCUAGUGACGACCUGGAGCCUCUGCUCCAGGAGAGCCAGGCGGUGCUGGAGGACUACUCAGACGCCGUGGAGUACUCCCGAGGCCUGCUCAACCCAGACCAGCACCAGGCUGACCCAGAUGAUAAGGCCUCCACCUACACCCUGACCAACGUGGUACCCCAGAUCACAGACUUCCUGGAAGAGACCUGGAGCUCCUACUUGGAUACCGUGCGCCACCGCCUCAAUAACUUUUGCCGCGGAAAGCAGUCCUACGUGGUAACCGGGGUGACAGUCUCCGGGGCGACCAUACGUCGGGGGAACGAGGACCGCAUGGGGAUCCCCAAACACGUGUGGUUGGCUUACUGUUGCCCACGGUUCGACCGUAACUCUCCCUACGAGGUGCGUUUCAUGUUCCCUAGCUAUGGUGCCUAUGCACUGAAUGAACAGGAGGACCAUGCAGUCAUGGAGGUGCCUUUAAAGACACUGGAGAGCUUUCUGAGGAAACAAACGGACAUGGAUAGUAAUCUGGCUAUCUUCUACGAGGACUGUGUGUCAGAGAACACCUUCAAGAAGAAGAGGAAAAGAUAG